GCUAAUACAAGUCACAGACGGUAAUCGUUCUUUACAGAUAAACCUCUCUCUCAUGCUUUUUUUGGGACUUAUUCUUACUAAAUGCCUAUUGAAGUUGUGCCAUUGGGAGCAGGUCAAGAUGUUGGUAGAAGUUGCGUAUUAGUUACGAUUGGCGGCAAAAAUAUCAUGUUUGAUUGUGGCAUGCACAUGGGAUAUUCCGAUGCACGACGUUUUCCAGACUUUACAUACAUAUCAAAAACCGGCAAUUUUACAGACAUUAUCGAUGCUGUCAUCAUUUCUCAUUUUCACUUGGAUCACUGCGGCGCUCUUCCCUUUUUCACAGAGAUGCUUGGAUAUGAUGGACCGAUCUAUAUGACACAUCCGACCAAAGCCAUUUGUCCGAUCCUGCUGGAAGAUUACCGUAAAAUCACUGUAGAGCGAAAAGGAGAGACGAAUUUUUUCACGUCAGCCAUGAUUAAGAAUUGUAUGAAAAAAGUGCAUGCUGUCAGUUUGCAUCAAACAAUCAAGGUCGAUGACGAACUGGAGAUCAAAGCGUACUAUGCAGGUCAUGUCUUGGGAGCUGCCAUGUUUUAUGUACGCGUUGGGCAUGAAUCUGUUGUCUAUACAGGAGAUUACAACAUGACACCUGAUCGUCAUUUAGGUUCUGCGUGGAUAGACAAGGUGAGGCCUGACGUGCUGAUCACAGAGAGCACCUAUGCAACCACGAUUCGUGACUCGAGACGAACCAGAGAACGUGAUUUUCUGGCCAAGGUGCACGAAUGUGUGCUGAAUGGCGGCAACGUGAUUAUUCCUGUGUUUGCUCUGGGCCGCGCGCAGGAACUGUGUAUCUUGAUUGAAUCAUAUUGGGAACGUAUGGGACUCAAUGUGCCUAUUUACUUUUCCACAGGUUUGACGGAACGCGCAACUGAAUUUUAUAAACUCUUUAUUGCCUGGACAAAUCAAAAGAUCAAGUCAACCUUUUCUCAACGCAACAUGUUUGAUUUUAAGCAUAUUCAAGUAUGGCAUCGUAAUUAUCUUGAACAGACAGGGCCUAUGGUUGUCUUUGCGACACCUGGUAUGUUGAAUGCGGGCACCUCUUUGGAAAUUUUCCGCAAGUGGGCGCCAAAUCCCAAAAACAUGGUCAUCAUGCCCGGUUACUGUGUCGCAGGUACGGUAGGGGCCAGAGUGCUAGCAGGGCAAAAGGUGAUUGAGCUGGACAAGUACAAUCGGUUUGAAGUCAAUAUACAAGUCAAAAACUUGUCAUUUAGUGCCCAUGCCGACGCCAAGGGUAUCAUGCAACUUAUCAGACAAUGUGAGCCAAGGAAUGUUGUCCUUGUGCAUGGUGAGCGAAACAAGAUGAGCUUUCUAAGUAGCAAAAUUAUGAAUGAGUUUGGUGUGGCGUGCUACAUGCCUGCGAAUGGAUGCAGUAUCCGCAUUGAGACGACCAAGGCCCUACAAGCAAAGAUUAGUACGGGUUUACUGAAAAAGUACCUGUCAGUAUCAUCAGACAAUAACAACACAUCAAUAGCCGGGGAUACGCCUACCGAGCGAGAGGCUGCAGUCAGCACCUUCAGACCAAAGCCUUCAAUACCCAUCCAUGGCGUGUUAUUGAUGAACAUGGAUACCAAACAAAACAGCACAAGCAUUGAGAUCAUACAACCAGAUCAAUUAUAUGAAGACCCAAGUCAGAAGAAAGCCAAAAGAAAGAUGUUCUUCCAAGUUGAGAAACCGUUCAAUGUUUCCAUGAUAUUAUCGGAUAUAGCGCAUACAGAGAGUUCAUUCCAAGACGAUCAAAAGAGGAUACUGGACAUAUUACAAGUUAAUUUGACAAAGUCAAUAGGAACAUCAUGGCCGAUUGAGAGAAGUACGACGUCGAUAGGCAUUCAGAGUGUCUUGAUUGAUGUAGAAAAGCCCAAUGUACUUUGUAUCAAAUGGAGUAUUGAAGAUGAAGAUUUAGCAGGCUUUAUUUUAGGAGCAGUGAAUACGCUUUUAUACAGCAGCUCAUAACUACAAAAAUAAAGCCCGUUUAUAUUAUUUUUCUCACUGAAUUUACUGAAAAAGAUAACAGAAAUGCUGCUAAAUGAAGGAGGUAUGGCAGUUUCAGUUGUUGAGAUUAAAAGUCAAUGAGUAUCCCCCCUUGAUGAUAUGACAACCCUUCGAUAUCUACCUUAAGCCAGAGACUGUCCGCAAAAUACGUUCAUAUAUAACGCG